AUGGCGUCAUACAACACUGGUUAUGAAGAUGAACUAUUUCAACAUCCCGUUAGCCAAACUUUCCAUUGUAGUAUAUGUCUGAAUGUUUUGAAGGAUCCAGUUUCGUGUCGACAUAAUGAGCAUUUGUUCUGUCGAACUUGUAUCACCAUACAUCUCAUGAACUUUCAAACAUGUCCAUCGUGUAUGGAACCACUCACUGUCGAAUCACUGCGCCAAGCACCUCGGACCGUAACGAACUUACUUUCCGAAUUAAAGAUCCGCUGUCAAUUCUUCGAUCGUGGUUGCGGACAGUUUGUUGAAUUAGGAGAUCUCGAAAGGCAUGUCACUGACUGUGGAUUCGCCCCAGCAGUCUGCUCUAACGAAGGAUGCCAACUUGAGGUAAAUAAACAAGAUUUACUACACCAUGAAACAGCUAUGUGUGAACUACGCAGAGUCAAGUGCGACAAUUGCAACGAAAUCAGACAAGAUAUGGAUACAGUGAAAGUUAAUUUGGCAGCAAUGAAUGAAAAGUUGAAAGGAGUUGGGGAACAGUUGGUCAGACAUGAGAAAAAGAUGGACAGAAAUGAAAAAAAGGUGGACAGAAAUCAGGAGAACGUCAAAACAAAGUUUGAAAAUGUGGUCGCAAAAGUUGAACUGUUCAAGAACAACUUCGAGGACAACUCAACAAGCAGGAAGAAUGCAAUCGCCGGCUUGAAGCGGACAAUAUGGAAAUGA